AUCCAGCAGCAGAGACCAGAGAGAGAGCAUAAAGAGAUCAGUAUUAGUUAGUGUCUAUAUAAAUUCCCCCUUCCCCCACCUUUAUUUCCUCCAUCCAUCCAUCCAUCCAUCCAUCCAUCUUAUCUGUCGUCUUCGUCUUGGUCUUCUUCUUCAACUGCGCCUAUUUCCUAACUUAUUCCGUUCAUCAUCGAUUAAAUUAAACUCGGUCGUCGAUCAUCUUCCAAUCAGACUGUCUGCCUGUCUGUCCCUCUGCUAUCUUUCUCAAUUGAAUUGGUGUCGCUGCUGCAUCCAUCCUUCCCUCCAUCCAGCAAAUCAAAUCAAAUCUCAAUCCAAUCCUGAAUCCACCCAUCACCUUAAUCUUAUUAGGUUGCUUGUUGUUUCAUUCGUUUAGGGAGCUUGCUAGCAGGUCUGUUUUUGUAAGAAGACUGACCGACUCUAUCCACCCAUCCUCUGAGAAAUUUAAUUAAGUAGUUAGUGAUGGAGGCACAGGGUGGUGGUGGUGGUAGUAAGGCUACUGCAAGCUGCAACUACAACCAGCAGCAGCAGCAGCAGGUGCAGGUGCAGAGCGAGGAGGACGAAAUGGACCUAAGAAGAGGGCCCUGGACGGUGGAAGAAGAUUUCACCCUCGUCAAUUACAUAGCUCAUCACGGAGAAGGUCGCUGGAAUUCCCUCGCUCGCUGCGCAGGCCUCAAGAGAACUGGAAAGAGCUGCAGAUUGAGGUGGCUUAACUAUCUGCGACCCGACGUCCGCCGGGGGAACAUCACUCUGGAAGAACAGCUUUUGAUUCUCGAGCUCCAUUCUCGUUGGGGCAACAGGUGGUCCAAAAUUGCGCAGCACCUGCCCGGCAGAACCGACAAUGAAAUCAAGAACUACUGGAGAACACGAGUCCAGAAACAUGCCAAGCAGCUCAAAUGUGACGUGAACAGCAAGCAAUUCAAGGAUACCAUGCGUUAUCUCUGGAUGCCCAGAUUGGUCGAAAGAAUCCAAGCUGCUGCCGCUGCAUCGUCCUCUUCCAACUCAUCCUCGUCCUCGUCCUCGUCCUCCUCCCCCUCCGCCUCUUACAAUCUCCACACCACGAUCAGUACUGCUCCCGAUCAGAUCAUGUCCCAGCCCCAGCCCCACCCCCACCCGCACCCUAAUUUCGCCCCCUACACCACCACCGCCGCCGCCGCUACUACGCCGGAAAAUUCGUCAGAUUCAUUUGGGACGCAGCAGGUCUCAGAGUGCUACAACAAUUACCCCACAGUGCUCAAUCAUCAAGAUUAUUGCCCCGCGGCCAGCUGCUGCAAUCAAGUACUAAUUCCCUACGCGGGCGGCGACCAAUCUGCAGUAUCCGAUACUGCAGCAGCAGCCUAUUUCAACCAAGGGCUGCAGGAUCAUCAUUUCAAUAUGGAGCACACCAACCAGUGGAUAGACGACGACGGUACUGGAGAUCAUGAUUCCGAAAAUCUGUGGAAUGUUGAUGACAUGUGGUUCUUACAACAUCAAUUCAACACCACCGUCUGACUUAAUAAAAUUAAAUUGAUCAACCGCCAUAGUUCAAUAAUCAACACCAACAAAUAUAUGAUCGUCGAUGGAUUCAUAGAAUUAAUUGUACGUGGAGAGCUACUGCCAUCCCUGAUGAUCAGUAAUUUUCACACUUUUUUUUUUUUUUUUUUGUCUAUGAAUGGUCUUCUUCUGAUUUUCAUGUUUCUACGGGAUUUAAUUUAACUUGGGUGGUAAAAGAAAAAAAGUUAACUUGGGUGGUUGGGGUGAAAGAAAAGAAAAUAGGUAA